AUGUUCACUUUGACUUCGCGCUGUGUCUUUGACGUCCUCUGUGCUUUUGGAUCUGCUUCAUCCUUAAACCGAACGAACAGAAGAAGCCGAAGAAGAGGUCGAAGAGAAAUGUUGGAUAUCUGUAACGACGACGACGCGACGACAACAACUCAAACGCAAACGCAAACGCAAACUCGAUACAACACUAAGCAGUGCAAAAACAGAAGAGAAGCGCUGAUGGCUCUCGCUUUCCUUUCCUCUUCCUCGUUAUUCUCCUCCCCUUUCUCUGUAUUCCUCUCGUCCUCGUACGCGUUCGGGGAGGAGGAAAUAGGAAAAGAGGGAGAUUUAUUUCGACCUCAAAACAUAGAUAUCAGCGACGAGUUCAAAGAGAUUUCGCAAUGGGGCGACCCUCCGGUUUUCUUGAGAAAAACUUUAGAAAUAGCAUUAGCCGUUGCUUUAUUGAGAUCAUCGUACGAUGCCAUAGAUGAGCUGAACAUUUGCGCGAUGGAUGAGUUUCAGAUUAAGUCUUGGAAGACGCGGCAGUUAUCGUACGAGGCGUACAAGUCUUUGAUUUACCCGCUCGCGAUGGAACAAGGAGAUUUGAAGAAUCCAUUAUACUUUGACCACAUUAGCUUUUCGCAAUAUUCAACCUUGAACGCGAUUUUGAACCGAAACAACGGAAAACCGGACAUGGAGUUUGAAGAGAAGCUUGGGUUUGAAGGCGAAGUGAAACGCGUGAAACGAGAUGAAAAAUUCGCGACCCGGAAAGAAUUGAUUCCAGCGUUUAGUUACUUGGUUGGCCGGAAUAUUUUCAAUUUCUUAAAGAAUGGCUUCGAGUUGACGGAAGACAAACCGUUCGAUGGUGUUCCCGAAUUCAUCAAUCUCGAUGGCUCCCAAGAGGAGAACUCUGUAAAAAUUGUCGACGGCGUUAAAGCGUUGUUGCAAGUUUUUCUCAACUACGGCUUCUGUAAAGAGUUUCAAGUUUCACUUCAGGAUGAUGGAAAGUUAAUCGUUACUGUUGUUGGUCCCGCGAUGUUAUGGUCGAUUGGUGCGUUAGAAAAUGAAGGAGCGCGAGUGGUGAAUGAUUACGUCGGGUACACGACCAGUUAUUUUCUAUUUGAAAGCGGCGUAAAGUCCAAAAGGAGGUACGCGAAAACCGAUUCGUCGAUGGUGUAUACGUUCGAUUUGUUCGUGUAA